CACUCAGUCCGUGCGCAAUGGCACGGCGCGGACCACCCGCUCGCCUCGCUCCGCAGGACGCACUGACCGGACAACUUUUAACUCUAAUUGAAGACGUUUCCCACCCUGGAGUCUGAUGAAUUCAUCACUGGAAAACAAAAACAGGUUUGCCAAACAUCUCACCUCCCAUGUCACUGGAACGUAUCCAUGGCAACGUUUAGCAGUGCAGAGCCCCUGUGGAACCAGUCUGACGGCCUCCGAUGGGAUGAGAGGAAUGAGAGUUUGGAGGCGACAGGCCAAGAGCGAACGGAGAGAAACUACUAUGCAAUGUUGUACUCCCUGCUCAUCCUGGCCAUCGUGUUUGGAAAUGUUCUGGUGUGUCUGGCCGUGCUGAGGGAGCGCUCGCUGCAGACUACUACCAACUACCUUGUGGUCAGCCUGGCAGUGGCCGACCUGCUGGUGGCUUCGCUGGUCAUGCCCUGGGCUGUGUACCUGGAGGUGGUCGGCGGCGCUUGGCUUUUCAGUCGGCUCUACUGUAACGUCUUUGUCACGCUGGAUGUCAUGAUGUGCACGGCUAGCAUCCUCAACCUGUGUGCCAUCAGCAUCGACAGAUACACAGCAGUGGUGAUGCCUGUCCUGUACAACACCACUCACCGAUCCAGAAAGAGAGUUUUUGCAAUGAUCACCACAGUUUGGGUCCUAGCCUUCGCUGUCUCAUGCCCCCUGCUGUUCGGCUUCAACACUACAGAUGACCCGCUGGUGUGUUCCAUCUCCAACCCCGACUUUGUCGUCUACUCCUCUGUGGUGUCCUUCUACCUGCCGUUUGUGGUCACCCUGCUGGUCUACAUCCGCAUCUAUGUGUUCCUGAGGAUGCGACGAAAGCGGAUCACCUUCAGUCAGGCCAGCAGCAAAGUCCUGCCUGGGUCCACGCCUCCGUCAGUGGAGACUUGUCUGCAAGAAGAUACCGCAAAGGCCAAACAAGAUCUGUCGCCGAUCCGGAUUAAAGUGCAGAGCGUUGAGCCUUCAGUUGAAUCCAAACCCAACUUUCUAUCGGGAUGCUUAUGGCGUAAACGCCCCAAGACUGGACCUGUUGACAACUCAAUGCCCCCGGUGGACACACAGAACUACUGCAGCAUAAGCCAUGCAUCAUGCGGUCCCACUGAGUUGGACCUGGACCAGGAGCAACGGGAAGAUGCUGCUGCAAACGGAGGUAACGCCCAGCCACCUGUUCGAAUGAGCUGUGAGGUGAAGGACCUUUCCAACGGACGGACGCACACGUCCCUGCGGGCUGUACCUCACUCUUUCACCAGUAACCAGCGAUUUCGGAGUAUGCACGCCCGGGAGAAGAAGGCCACUCAGAUGCUUGCAAUUGUGCUUGGGGUGUUUCUCAUCUGCUGGCUGCCGUUCUUUGUGACUCACAUUCUCAACACCCACUGCAGGACGUGCUACCUGCCUCCGGGCCUUUACAGCGCCUUCACCUGGCUGGGCUAUGUCAACAGCGCCCUGAACCCCAUCAUCUACACCACCUUCAACAUCGAGUUCAGGCGAGCUUUCAUCAAGAUUCUCAGCUGCUGAGAUGACAGAGACAAACUAAACAACAACUGCAGCAGAAGACUGGUCACGGUCAAGACGAGCUGUCUUAGUGAGGUCAACCGUGAAAUUGCAGACGCGCGGUAAAUGUAAACAAAGGUGCAUUUGGACGCCGCUGGGAAAAUAAGGACUUUAUUGUUUGCCUACAAAAUAGUGAUAGCUGUUUCACUGAAGCACAAGGGGAGAAGACGCUGAUCUGUAAAACAUUCCCUCAUAGCAAUGUGGAUUUUCGAAAUAGCGGCGAAUUGAUCUCUGCUGCUUCUGAUGGAAGAGCGACCCCUGCCACCCCCCGUCCCAUGACCAUCAGGUACUCACUGGUGCAUGUGAAAACUCAGUGCCACUCACUGGGAAGGACACUGUGCGACUUCCAGUUCAGAAACACCAUAUAUAUGUGUUCAUGUGGUCCAUUUCCAAUAUUUUACUGUGACUAAGAGUGUUUUCAGAAUCCUGUCUGUUUAUACCUUCAGGCUGGUUUCUUGCACUGGCCAUGGGAAAACAUCAGGGAACACAUCAGAGUGCACCACCACCAAC